CUCUCUAUCGCCUUCAUAUGCAUUGUUUCUGUUCAAUCGAAACGCCGCCGGGGAACCCAGUUCAUUUAGUACUAUUAACGGUUUGCUACUAAUCACUAAACCAACGCGCCAUAGUGUUAUCGGAUUUGGAUUGACCGUGGCAAACAAACGUUAUAUUCAAUGGAGUGGCUUGAAAUAGCGCGUAUAUUUAAUCAUACGCAAGUGCUGUACCAUAAUCUCCGGAGGCCGUAGACUGGAAACUGGAAAGAUUACCCGACUUUCAUUAACGCCUAGAUCUUGAUGCGAAAGCAUGACUCAUAAUAAAAAUUCGAAAAGGAAACAAGGGGCAUUAGGAAAGGUUAAUUAUUUUCGAGCAUCCUUGUGGCCGGGUCCGAUUUUAGGUUGUGCUUUUAUUGCGUUGAUACAGCGUGCGAGUGGUUGUGGUUUGUAUUUUCGCCGCGUGAUCACGCUUACGCGCCGAUCAAUUGAGAUGCUAGGAAACGACUGACGCGCUCAAGGAUCAGUCUACUUUGAUACAUUGAACUGUCGAACGCUUCGCCGCCCGUUGCUCGAAUCGGAAGCUAUGUGCGAAGCUAUUGUGUCAAAACACGUUUCGUAAUACUGAUCGAUUUAUUCAACUCAGCGGAUUUGGCGAGCUUGGCGGCAGGGAAGUGUUUGCUUUCUAUUCGAACGUAAGCAUUCUGCUGAAAGACGUUGCUUUGUGCAGAGACCUGAGAAACUGUUAACCGUAGUGUUUUAGCAAUGACCACGCAAAGUGAAAAUGGUGCAGCAGCUGAAGAUGAGUCACCUGCGAUUGAUGAUUCUCGAAUGUCAUGCUGCCUACGAAUCGGGCAAUUCAUCCGGGUCUACUGGAAGACGCUAUUUGUUCUGGCAGUGCCAACGCUAGCUUCCACGCUAUUUAUUUUCGAAACCACCCCAGCGUACCGAUGUUUGUAUGUUGUGAUAGUGAUGGCCCUACUCUGGGUAUCGGAAGCCCUCCCACUGCCCGUUACAUCAAUGCUUCCCAUAGUACUCUUUCCGUUGAUGGGUAUUAUUGGCACCAGCAAGAUUUGUAUGGUUUACAUGAAGGAACCGAUAAUUAUGUUCAUCGGUGGAAUCAUCCUCGCGCUUGCCAUCGAGUACUGCAAUUUGCACAAGCGGGUUGCCCUAAAAGUGAUAUCUUUGAUCGGAUGCAGCCAACGGCGGUUGCACUUUGGGCUGACCAUUGUCACUAUGUUUCUGUCGAUGUGGAUUUCCAACACAGCGGCCGUGGCUAUGAUGUGUCCGAUCGUGCAGGCUGUCCUACAAGAGUUGGAAGCGCAAGGACUCUGCCGAAUGUUCGAAAAUGAUAGCUCUGUUGAAGAAGCUAAUGGUUUCAUCGCCAAAGUUAAGCCGAAAGAUGAGACCAAGAGGCCAUCACGAAUGACGAUAUGUUACUACCUUGGAACGGCUUAUGCGGCGAGCAUUGGAGGUUGUGGCACGAUUAUCGGCAGUGGGACGAAUCUAACCUUCAAAGGCAUCUACGAAAGUCGCUUCCCGCAUGCUCCGGGAAUCGAUUUCCCCGAUUUCAUGUUCUUCAAUGUACCCCUCAUGUUGGUGAACACCGUUCUGGUAUGGGCUUUUCUUCAGUGGCACUUCAUGGGAUUGUUCAGACCUAGUAGUGAACAGGCGAAACAAUCCAAAAUCGGCAAAGAUGGGGAAAGUGUGGCGAAAAGUGUGAUCGAGACACGUUACAAGGAAAUGGGUCCAAUGACAUCGCACGAAACCAGCGUGGCCAUCCUGUUCGUGCUCUCCAUUGUGCUGUUUUUUACCCGCAGUCCAGGGUUCAUCCAAGGCUGGGCAGAUUUACUCCCUGGAGUACCCAUCAAAGAUGCCACCCCGGCUAUAUUCAUUGUCAUCGCCCUCUUCGUAAUGCCAGCAGAUUGGCGCUGGCUGAGGUACUUCUGGAACAAAUCAGGACCCCUUCCAAAGGAGCCGUCUUCAUCACUCGUCACCUGGAAGUACGUGAACCAGAAAGCCCACUGGGGUCUCAUAUUUCUUCUUGGCGGUGGUUUUGCUCUGGCCGAGGCCGGAAGUGUCUCAGGAAUGUCAGCCUUGCUGGGACAAUCUCUGUCUGGACUACAGCAUCUUCCGCCAUUGGCGUUGCUAUUCGUCGUGUGUCUAACAGCGCAAGUUCUCACCGAAUUUACCUCCAAUGUUGCUAUCUGCAAUAUCAUUCUUCCCGUGCUGGCGGAAAUGGCUAUUGUAAUCAAAACCCAUCCGUUGUACCUCAUGUUCCCUGCUGCCAUGUCCUGCAGCUUCGCGUUUCAUCUGCCAGUGGGAACUCCCGCGAACGCAAUCGCCGCUGGUAUUGCGCAUAUUCCAACCAAGGAUAUUGCCGUGGCCGGUAUUGGACCAACCGUCAUCACACUGCUAGUCAUGUGGCUUGGCUUUCCCACGUGGGGAUCCAUAGUGUAUCCUGAGGUUAACUCGUUCCCGGAUUGGGCGAUAGAGAGCCGCGGCAGCAAUGCUUCCCUAUACUAAUGCGGAUACGGAUGCAGUUUGUAGGUUAGAGUAGAUGGAUAUUCCUUGUAUUUAUAGCGAUUUAGUUAAGGAUCUGCUGAGCAACAUAUCAUUUGGUAUUUAAUGAUGUACAAAUUGUAGAAAAUACAAAACAUUCAGCGAAUGGUGUCAUACUUUGUUGAGUUGU